CCAUCCCUUCCUUAAGAACCACUCUGGCCAAUGGUAGUGAGUCUGAAUCUGAGUGAUCAAAAUGAAUCCAGAAAGUCUUACUGCAUCGGCAGCCAUUAACUUUGGCUUGGCAUUCAUAGUUCUCUCACUCUUCUCCAUUUUCAAGAAACAACCUUCUAAUGCCUCCAUUUACUACGCUCGUCGCCUCUCCAAACGACACCAUGUUCACUUUGAGCAGUCUUUCACUCUUUCCCGCUUUCUUCCUUCAGUUGCUUGGAUUCCUCGUGCUUUUCGAGUCACUGAAGAUGAAGUUCUUGAUAUUGGUGGCCUUGAUGCUCUCAUCAUUAUCAGACUCUUCAAAUUUGGGAUAUAUUUCUUUGGAAUUUGUUCUCUUAUUGGAUUAGUGGUACUUCUGCCAAUCAAUUUCGGUGACCAAGAUGAACAAUCUAGCAUCUACCAUUCCAUGGAUCCUUUCACAAUAUCAAAUAUUAGUGCAGGUUCGAACAGGCUUUGGGUGCAUUUUACGUGCUUGUGGUUGAUAUCAUUUUAUGGAUUAUAUCUGUUGUACAAGGAAUAUGACGGAAUUUCGGUUAAACGGAUCCAACUACUUCGGAACCUAAGGCAUCAACCUGAUCGGUUUAAUGUUCUUGUUCGGCAAGUUCCCUUCUGCAAUGAACACAACGCUUAUGGGUGCUCUGUUGAUCACUUCUUCUCUAAACAUCAUCCUAACAGUUACUGUUCUUAUCAGAUGAUAUAUGAUGGAAAAGAUAUCGAAGAUCUGCUGCACCAAGCAAAAUAUGUUGCGAGAAAGAUAGAGGACAUGAGAGGAAAGCUCACAGUUAAGAAACGAGACAAGGAAAGCUUACUCUUAGAUGUAUCUCAAGAAGAUGAUGUGAAAAUAGCUUUGUUUGAGGAAAAGCAGCAAGAAAUUGUUCGUAAGAUUCGUCAAUUACAGAACGAAAGUAUGCUGAAAGGAAAGGAGUUGCCUGUUGCCUUUGUUACAUUCAAGUCCCGACGUGGUGCAGCAUUAGUUUCCCAAACUCAACAGCACUCACAUCCACUCAUAUGGAUCACGGAAAUGGCUCCAGAACCAAGGGAUGUAUCAUGGAGGAGUCUGGAAAUUCCCUUUAAGAUUUUGCCACUUUGCAAAAUCGGGGUCGUUGUUGCAGCAUCUCUCCUCACAAUUUUCUUUGCAGUCCCAGUUACAGCUGUUCAAGGAAUAGCUAAACUUGAGAAACUUAAGAAAUGGUUCCCCCCAGCCAUGGCUAUGGAGCUAAUACCAGGAUUAAGCUCCAUUAUUACAGGGUAUCUUCCAAGUGCCAUUCUCAAAGGCUUUAUAUAUGUUGUUCCCUUUGCAAUGCUUGGCAUGGCUAAAUUAGGCGGUUCGAUUUCAAAGAGCAAGGAGGAGAUUAAAGCUUGCAAUAUGGUUUUCUACUUUCUCGUGGGAAAUGUAUUCUUUUUGAGUUUGAUAUCAGGAUCCCUACUUGAUGAGCUUGGAGAAUAUUUUACCCACCCUAGGAGUAUUCCUAGUCAUCUUGCCAGUGCUGUCUCUUCUCAAGCUGAUUUUUUCGUGACAUACAUCUUAACAGAUGGGUUGUCAGGAUUUUCUUUGGAAAUCCUUCAGCCCGGCUUGCUUGUUUGGGAUGCCGUGAAAUCACACACAGUUGGCGGAUCAGGAGACGAGGAAAAUCCUUACCUUUAUUCAUUGCCCUAUUUUAGAAUCAUCCCUUCAGUCUCCCUAUCAAUACUCAUUGGUAUGGUAUAUGCAGUUGUCGCUCCAUUGCUGCUUCCAUUUCUUGUUGGCUACUUCUAUCUAGGCUACGUUGUAUAUGUCAACCAGAUUGAAGAUGUUUACGAAACUGCUUAUGAUACAUGCGGACAGUAUUGGCCAUACGUUCAUCAUUAUAUAUUCGUCGGAAUCAUUCUUAUGCAAAUCACCAUGAUUGGUCUUUUUGGGCUGAAGUCAAAACCUUCUGCUUCCAUAGCCACAAUUCCACUCUUAUUGCUUACUAUAAUGUUCAAUGAGUACUGCAAGAUACGUUUUCUACCUACUUUUCGCCACUAUUCUGUUAAGGAUGCGGAUGAACAUGAUGAACUAGAUAGGAAGUUCGGUAAGAUGGAAAUAAAUUGUGAGAAUGCCAGAAGUGCCUAUUGUCAGCCCACUUUACAACCAACAAACUUCAUGGCAUCAAAGUCUACUUCCUCGCAGCCAUUGGUUUCUUCAUUGUGAUAUCUUAACAUUGUAAUUCAUUUUCUUCCUUUCUCUUGUACUUUCGAGUACAUUCACCUGAGUUUUCCGAAAAAUUAUUACGCUUAUUUACACUUUGGCUCA